AUGGGAAUCGUCAGGGCAAACAGCGACAGAGAAUUCAAAAGAGUAUAUAACAAGGCACUAAAAGCAUUGAAACAAGGAAUUCACCCGGUUCUCAUUCCAAUAGGAACCCUUAUUAGUAACACUUUAGGUUCGUAUUUCAUACGAGAUCAAAACUUGGAGAAUAUCGCAGUAUUCAAGCCACGCGACGAGGAGCCAUUUGCGGCACUUAAUCCUAAAUGGCCAAAGUUUUUUCAAAGGAUCCUUUGCUUUUGUUGCUUUGGGAGAGCGUGCCUAAUUCCUAACAAUGGGUAUUUAUCGGAAACCGGAGCAAGCAUUGUAGACGAUAUGCUGCAGAAUAAUUUGCCAAUCGGGUUCCGAUAUCUUUUCCAGAAGAUGAUUGUUCUUGAUUAUAUCAUACGAAACACUGACAGGCAUAUGGAUAAUUUAUUAAUUAGGCAUGUUCCUGGAAAAGUUAUCAAAUUGGCCGCUAUUGAUAACGGUCUUGCGUUUCCCGUUAAGCACCCGGAAUGCGUUAGCCGAUUUCGGACGUUUCCGUUUCGUUGGACGAACUAUCGUUGGGCUAAAGAGCCAUGGGAUGUGGAUCUUCGAAUGCGUUUGUUAACCUCGAUCAAUCCUGCAUUCCUGCACGAUCUUUGUCACGAGCUCAAGAUUCUUUUCCGUCAUAGGCACAUCAACAGCCGCUAUUUGGUAUUCAACCAAAUGCGAGUGGUGAGAGGACAGGUAAGUGAGCGCAGAAAAGCUUAA